AGCAGAAUGGACAGCAUUGACUUCACGUCAAGAAAAGGAAGCAUUGGUCCUUCCCUCUGAUAAAUUUACAUUUGGAAACUUGUUUUUAUUGCUAUGAUACUGGAUACUCAAAGUAAUGGCGACAGAAUUUAUAAAAAGCUGCUGCAGAGGCUGUUUCUAUGCUUCCACAGAAAAAGACAUGAAAGCACCAGCCCCAGAAGGACAAAAUGUUACAUGUCUACCUCCAAUGUCUUCAGUGUCUGUUAAACGUCAGGUUGGCUGUACUGAGGAUUAUCUCCUUUCCAAAAUUCCAUCUGAUGGAAAAGAAGUGCCUUUCAUUGUGCCCAGAUUUAAAUUAUCUUAUAUUCAACCGAAGACUCAAGCAACUCCCUCACAUAUGGAGGAACUCCAAGGUUCCGCCAGAGCCUCUUUUAGGGAUCGAAAAACAGAACUUUGUAGUUCACCCUUGGAUGGAUCAAACUAUGACAUAUAUAAUCCAGUCUUCAUGCAUCAGCAUGUAUCACCUGACCUAACUAGGCGGUUUCCUCCCAACGCUGAAGCUCUGAGGCUGUAUGGGUCAGUUUGUGACUUAAGGAACCCCAAAACACCUGGGUCUCCUGGACUAAGCAAGUCUAUGUUUGAUCUUACAGGUUCAUCACAGCGAUUCAUGCAAAGAUAUGAUUCACUGUCAAGUAUACCAAGCAGUUCGUCUUCAAGGAAGAAUUCUCAGGGCAGUACUCGAAGCCUGGAUACAAUCACAUUAUCCGGAGAUGAAAGAGAUUUUGGAAGAUUGAAUAUAAAAUUGUUCUAUAAUUCUUCAGUAGAACAGAUUUGGAUCACGAUUCUACAGUGCAGAGAUUUGAGUUGGUCUUCCAGUUAUGGAGAAAACCCUACUAUUUCUAUAAAAGGAAUAUUAACUUUGCCCAAACCGGUACAUUUCAGAUCUUCAGCCAAAGAAGGAUCCAGUGUUAUUGAAUUUAUGGAGACUUUUGUAUUUGCUAUUAAACUCCAGAGCCUGAAAACUGUUAGGCUGGUAUUUAAGAUCCAAACCCAGACUCCCAGGAAGAAAACCAUUGGAGAAUGCUCAUUAUCUCUUAGAGAACUUAGCAUACAGGAAAAGGAUUACUGUUUGGAUAUAACACCUCCCUCAAAAAUUUCAGUGUGUCACGCAGAACUUGAGGUGGGAACUUGUUUUCAAGCAGUUAACAGCAGGAUUCAGUUACAAAUUCUUGAAGCCCAACACCUUCCAAGCUCAUCCACUCCUCUAACUCUGAAUUUCUUCGUGAAGGUGGCAAUGUUUAGUUCAACGGAUUUGAUUUACAAGAAGAAGACUCGUCUGCUAAAAUCCAACAAUGGAAGAGUAAAGUGGGGAGAAACAAUGAUUUUUCCAUUUACACAGAAUGAGAAAGAAAUUAAUUUUCUCAUCAAGCUUUAUAGUCGGAGCUCAGUAAGAAGAAAACACUUUGUAGGACAGAUUUGGAUAAGUGAGGACAGCAACUGUGUUGAAGCUGUGAACCAAUGGAAAGAAACGAUUGCAAAUCCAGAAAAGGCUGUUAUCAAAUGGCACAAAUUACAUCCGUCUUGAAGAUCUUAAACAAUGAGUUUGCUAGAGGACUUUAGAAUUCUUGUAGAAAAUAUUUGUGAUUUCAAAAAUUUAAAAUCAUUUUUGAAAAGGAAAACCAUUGUCUUUCACGACACUCUUCAUGUCGUUAAACCUAAUAAAUAAUGAUUGUUACCAGAAAAGAAAGAUUUGUGCAAAAUAUGUCAGAACUAUGGGAAGACAGGCAAUAAAAUGACUGGUAGGUAUUAGUAGGGCGACACAAUAUAGUUCAAAUUAGAUGAGAACACCAAAUCCAGAUCUUGCUCCUCUGUAUUUGCCAUUUUCCUAAAGAUCUAUUUUCAAAGCUUAUAUGUUGAAAUCAAGUCUCGGAUAACACUUAGUAUGAGAUUGUAAGGCUUUUGCUGCCAAAUACUUCAGUCAUUGUAAUCACUGACUGUCUCUGUUUUGUGGAAUAUCUUCACAUACAUACUUUCUCCCAAAAGGCCAAAUAUAUUUAAUGAAAUACUUUUCCCCUGACUUUUUCAUUUUCUGUGUAUUUGAAGAAAAUUUGACUCAUAUUUUGUAAUCUCUUUAUUCAUAAUGCAUGACAUUGCCACUUUGUAAGAGCUAUGUGAUCUCCAAAAGCUAAUGAGCCUUUGCUCUCUGAAAUAAGAACUUAAGGAAACUAAAUUAAUCCUCAGAAGAUUGAAAUUUAAUUGAAGAUCUAGAAUCCAUGGAUUUUAGGUUUUUUCCCAAUUUGGCCAAAUGUCUGUGCUUUCAUCCUUCAAGUAUUUUACUGCUCAUUUGGUAUUAAGUUAAAAUGAGAUCAGCAUCCAUGUGGCCAGUCCUAAUUAAAAGAAUGAAGUGAGGAUAAGUGGAAAACUCAGCAUUUGACAUAAAUCAUUUCCAUGUUGUUUUUUUUAAAACAUGAAUCACUUUUCCUGUGAGUUGGAAUAUUUUCCUGUGUUUCCAUACAGGCAGACACAGUUAUACAAAGCUACAAGUAAAUAUUUAUUGUUGGAACUUGUUCUCAAGUGUUCAUUAGAAUAUAUUGGAUAAGAAAUUUCAUCUUAGUUGGACAUAGGAGUUGCUGGCAGAGAGAGAGAGAAAACUGUCUUUGGUCAUAAUAGCAUCUUGAAUAUGAAGAUCUUGGGGAGAAAACCCCCAAAACUCAUGGUUUUGGUUAUUGGUAAUGUAGACCAAGUGCUCUGCAAUCAUUUUGGUUUGUUCUCUUGACAGCUGGUAAUUAUUUUAGAAAGUAUGAGCAUUCUGCCACAACUCAGCCACAUACUUCCCUUUUCAUUCCACGUAUCCUUGUACAGCUCAUUAAUUAUUCUUACAAACUCACUUGUUACAAUACAUAUUUCCCACUUCAGCACUGGUUUUCAUUGCCUUUUCCUUUUUCCUCAAAAUGUAUUAUAUUCCCUUCACUCCCCCUGCCUUUUACUCCUUCACCUUAUUCUUUGCAGCAUUCACUGUACUGUACAAGGGCAUUAGGGAUGGUGGUGGGAGGAAUUCCCUGACAUCAUACACGCUAACCAAUCAUUUUUUUAUUUUGGGGAAGAUGAUCAUAGAAAGGACAGUGUUCACCUUGACUUUUUAAGAAGAGAUGCCAUUUUGUUACUAUUCCAUAUUUCUUUUUAGAAAUUAGAAUUAUGUUAAUGCAUGCUAUAGAAGUAUGCAAAUAGAUAAAUUUGAAGAAAAUUAUUUUAGCAGUUUUGUGUUAUCUGUUAAUGUUAAUUAUUACCAUUUUGUGCAUUUGUUAAUGAAUUUCAGUCAGAUCUUUGUCUUUUAUUUAAUGUCUUUGCUCUUCUAUUUGUAUCCCCA